AUGUCUAACCCACAGGUUCUAGACUCUCCUGCUGUGAUUUUUGACAAUGGCUCUGGGCUCUGCAAGGCAGGGCUGUCUGGGGAGAUCGGCCCUCGUCAUGUUACUACCUCCAUUGUGGGGCACCCAAGGUUCAAGGUGCCCUCAACAGGAGCCAAUCGGAAGAAGUACUUUGUGGGGGAAGAGGCCCUGUAUAAACAUGAUGCCCUGCGCCUGAACUCCCCUAUCGAGCGGGGCCUGGUCACGAACUGGGAUGACAUGGAGAAGAUAUGGAGACACCUCUUUGAAUGGGAGCUGGGUGUGAAGCCCAGUGAACAACCAGUGCUCAUGACAGAGCCCUCCCUGAACCCAAGGGAGAACCGGGAGAAGACAGCAGAGGUGGUGUUUGAGAGCUUCGACGCGCCUGCCUUCUACUUGUCAGACCAGGCCGUGCUGGCGCUCUAUGCCUCCGCUUGUAUCACAGGCCUGGUAGUGGACAGUGGGCAUGGGGUCACCUGCACUGUCCCCAUCUUUGAGGGUUACUCCCUGCCCCAUGCAGUUAGUAAACUCUACGUGGCAGGCAAGGAUAUUACGGAGCUUCUCACUCGGCUCCUCCUGGCCAGUGGGCGAGCCUUCCCAUGCCCACUGGACAAGGCUCUGGUGGAUGACAUCAAAGAGAAGCUGUGCUACGUGGCCCUGGAACCAGAAGAGGAGCUCUCCCGGCGGGCAGAAGACGUCCUGAGGGAGUACAAACUGCCCGAUGGCAAUGUUAUUUACAUUGGGGACCAGCUGUACCAGGCUCCCGAGGUCCUGUUCUCACCAGAGCAGCUGGGCACCUGUGGUCCAGGGAUGGCACAGAUGGUGAACAACAGCAUUGCCAAGUGUGACACUGACAUCCAGAAGACACUCUUUGGGGAGAUUGUGCUGUCAGGGGGUACCACACUGUUCCAGGGGCUAGAAGACCGACUCCUGAGGGAACUGGAACAGCUGGCCUCCAAGGGGGUCCCCAUCAAGAUCACCACACCCCCUGACCGCUGGUUCUCCACCUGGAUUGGAGCCUCCAUCGUCACCUCUCUGAGCAGCUUUAGACAGAUGUGGGUCUCUGCUUCGGACUUCAAGGAGUUCGGGCCGUCUGUGGUCCAGAGACGCUGCUUCUGA